CAACGACAAUCAGCCCUUCAACGGAAUCGCCAGUUCCCUAAUUCAAGAUGACGAAGGGUACCUCCAGCUUUGGAAAGCGCCACAACAAAACCCACACCCUCUGCAGGCGUUGUGGCCGCCGCUCUUACCACAUCCAGAAGUCGACUUGCUCUAACUGUGGUUACCCCGCUGCUAAGACUCGCAAGUACAACUGGAGCGAGAAGGCCAAGCGACGCAAGACCACCGGCACCGGCCGUAUGUCCCACCUGCGCGAUGUCCACCGCCGCUUCAAGAACGGCUUCCAGACCGGCACUCCCAAAGGCGCUCGUGGCCCUGAGAACCACUAAGUCAAUUUUGAUGUCGCGUUUUCGUUCCCAGGGGCUGGAGAGAGGGCUGGUAUGACAGGGCCUCGCAUUUGAAAUAGUCGGUUUCAGUGCAGGGCGCAAAAUGUGCUUUCCCGUGGAGUUGGUGUUGGGACAGUCUUCACUUUUGCCGUCGAGCAACUUUUGUCAUAGAGAGAAGAAGAAAAAAAGCUACAUAAUUGACGGCAUUUGGAAGGCAGAAAAUUUCAAUUUCAUGGGGUUUCGAUAUGGAUAAAAAUCAAAGGGGAAAGCAUGAAUGAAUUUCCUUGUUUAUGGCUGGCGAAUAUCCCAUGUUGUGGCAGAUUCAAUGUUGAGGUACUCUUUCCAAUGUGAUCUGUCUUCUGAAUCCAUCCAUUUGUCUACCGCGUACAAGGCUUGCCUUGCCUCAUAACGACUAUCUGGUUCGUUUGGAAUUGCGACAAUAACAGUGCAUUAACAGCGUCUAUCAUAUAUAUUUUUUUCCCACGCGCCC